AUGUUAGCGAGGAUUCAAAGAUCGGGGUUUCACACAUCGUCGGUGGCAAAUGCCAAAGUGAGAGUGGCGCUCCAGACCAAACUAAGGAAGCCCAUCAUACCCACGCUGAACAAUUUGAAGGUUCCAGAUGACCAUCCGUUGUGGCAGUUUUUUUCUGAGAAAAAGUUCAUUCGUGACUCCAAUGAGGUCAGAUCUACCGGAAGAAGUUGGUCUGUCCAGGAGUUGAGGAGGAAGUCUUUUGAAGAUUUGCACAAGCUGUGGUAUGUGUGUCUUAAGGAAUCGAACAUUAUCCUCAGAGAGAAGCAUCUGCUUGAUGGUAUACGGUCGCAAAGCUCGUCUUUGUACGAAGAUCAGGAAGGAGUUGUGCGCAAGUCCAUGAUCAAUAUCAGACACGUGCUCACCGAGAGAUACCGUGCCUUUGAGAACACACAGAGCAGUCUCGAAGAUGGCAAUGCCCGCUUGGAGUAUCUCGAGGAGUUCAGGGAGAGAUACAACGAGGCCGACAAUGUGGACACACAGGAUUGGUUUGAUCGUCUAGAUCGUUUCCAGAGUGCAGUUUUUGGCAUACCGGUUGUUCUGGAUGAUUCCAUAAAGGUUGACGAGAAGUACCUCGAGGGCAUCCGCUACCUCGCCGAGCUCAAGUACCACCGGUUCCAGAAAGAAGUUGGAAAGGACCUUGGAGAGCUCAGAGACAUUGCAGAGAUGUACGCCGUUUUUGAGGAAUCGCCCAAUGCUGCUGGAGUGGCUAGGGCUUGCGAAAAGAUUGUUGAGUACAGGGAGGCUUCUGACUUCACAAUCGAGAAAAGUAAGGAGAUUGCCAUUGUUGAGGAGUUUAUUCGCGACAGAAUCGCUCAGUAUGAAGAGGAGACUCAGUAG